GUGUGGAGCUGCUACAGAAGAAAGGGAACAAUUCAAAGCCGAUGUUUUGUUCAACUGGAGAUGAAUUAUCGUACAUGUGUUUACUUGAGUUGGGGUCUCCUGACUGUAGCUGUGAUCCCCGUGUCUUUAGGAGAAAUGUACACAUCGCUGCUGAACGUAAAGCAGGCGAUCAGUGUUGAGCGGAAGCUGAUCGAUUACUUGAGGACUUACAUUGACCACGAGUUGGAGAGGCUGACGGACAUUAAACGCUUUUAUGCCAGAGUGUCUGACCUGCACGCAAAACUUUACGAAGGCCCAGGGACUGCGAUGGCAAACCCACUGGUAGCAUUCACCCUGAUCAAGAGGCUGCAUUCAGAGUGGCUGAAUGUCGUCUACAGCAACGAAGCCUUGGAGAACGCACAAGCCCUCAGGUCCAGUUACGAGGAGGAAGAGGCCGAUCUGCCCAAACUGGAAGACCUACAGGGGGCCGCUAAAGGACUGAUGAGGCUGCAGGAUGUGUAUGCUCUCCAAGUUGCGAGCCUCGUAAGGGGUCGUUUCCAGAGAAUCACUAAUGGCAAGCCAGCUGAUAUCUACAUGCCUGCAGUUUCUGUCCCACUGUCUGGCGAUGACUGCUUUCUGGUUGGAAAGGUGGCCUAUGAGCAGGAAGACUACUACCACUCAGUGCAGUGGUUGGAGGAGUCGGUGCGUCUCUUCAGAGGAACAGGAGGCGAGUGGAGCCCUGAGAAUGAAGGGACUUUAGAGGAUGCUCUGGAUCACCUGGCCUUCUCUCACUUUAAAACUGGAAAUGUCUCCUACGCGUUGAGUCUAUCUCAGGAGUUACUGCAUUAUGAUCCCAUGAAUGGAAGAGUUUUGCAGAAUGUUGAGAAAUAUGAGAAGCUGCUGGUUGCUGCUAGUCCACCCAGAGGCAAUGGGCUGAGGAGACCCCCAUCCAAUCAUUUAAGAACCAGAGACACUUAUGAGAGACUCUGCCAGACCCAAGGCUCUCAGCCAAUGCAUUUUGAAAACCCCAGACUAUUCUGCGACUACUUCACCAACGACAAUCCUGGGCUGCUAUUGCUCCCGGUGAGACGUGAAGUGCUGAGCCUGCAGCCAUAUGUGGUCCUGUACCACAACUUCAUCACUGACACAGAGGCUGAAGACAUCAAGAGUCUCGCCCAGCCUGGAUUGAGCAGGUCUGUGGUGGCAGCUGGGGAGAAACAAGCAACAGCAGACUAUCGCAUCAGCAAGAGUGCAUGGCUGAAGGGCUCCGCACACUCCAUUGUUGGGAAGCUGGACCAGAGGAUCUCCAUGGUGACAGGUCUGAAUGUGAACCACCCAUAUGGCGAGUACCUCCAAGUGGUGAAUUAUGGGAUUGGUGGCCAUUAUGAGCCUCAUUUUGACCAUGCUACAUCACCUUCAAGUCCUGUGUUCAAGCUAAAAACUGGGAAUCGAGUGGCAACUUUUAUGAUAUAUCUCAGCUCUGUUGAGGCAGGUGGGUCCACAGCCUUCAUCUACGCCAACUUCAGUGCUCCUGUCGUGGAGAAAGCUGCCAUCUUCUGGUGGAACCUCCAUAGAAAUGGUCAAGGAGAUGUAGACACCCUGCAUGCUGGCUGCCCUGUGCUUAUUGGUGACAAAUGGGUGGCAAACAAAUGGAUCCAUGAGCAUGGCCAAGAGUUCCAACAUCGCUGCAGUCUGAAUCCUGAAGAGUGAGAGGGCUGGAGCAUUAGCUGGGCCCCUUGGAGUACAAGAGCCAGUCUCUACAAUUGAGAGGCACACUUGCAGGAGAAGAGAGGGAGGCAGCCAAAAAGUGAACACACAGGCAGGGGAGGUGAGAGCUGUGAAGGGGCAGCCUGCAUCUGUGAUUGGAGCCCCGGGCCCCAGGGAGCCUGGAGUGUACAGCAGACACUGCUGCAAUGGAUAUGGAUAGCACAACGCCAAGAGGCGGGGUGGAAGAGGAGUGGGGUAGUUGGCAAUCAACCCCCAGAGGCCAAAUGCUCUCUUGCUCCUACUGGCCAGAUCCUGCAGAUGGAGAGAGGCCUCUGCCCUCUCACACUGUGCUGGUUUCAGUUAACUGUGCAGGGCUGUUUACCUCCUGUUGGCUUUAAAACUUAUGCAGCUCUUUUCCUAUGCUGGGCCCACUCAAGGGUCUGUCAUUACAAAUCAACACAGCUGAACUUUGUGCAGACUCUAAGAAGUUUAUAUGUGUAUGUGCCAAAUGUAUAAAGAUACUCGCUAUGGCAGGAUGAUUGUGUAUAAAGUGAUGCACAAGACAUCUAAAAAUAUCCAUUAGGUGUGAUGGUGUCGACAAAAAUCUUUUCUGGGUUAGAAAAUUUGUUACUGUAUGAGUGACAAUUCCUUCACUGAAAUGCUGGCACAAGCAGAUAGAGAAGAUGUGUUCUACAAGGUCGAAAAAAGUACUUUAUGACUUAUCUACAGAGGUUUUGGUUGAAGUUUUUCUGUGUUUGGUCAUCUCAGACCUCAGGACAACAGUUAAGAUGGUGCUAUGAGUCAAAGGAGCCAGUCAUUGUGAGUAUGCCUGUUAAUUCCCAGCUGACUGAACGAUGUGGUCAUCACUGUCUGUGGGAGACUCUCUCCAUUUGAUCUGAUGUAACUAACUGUCUAAUGGAACGAAUGAACCAGAUCUGUCAGCCUCUUGUUGAGCUUCAGAGGCUGGUCGUCAUUAAUCACGUUCAGAUGCACGCCCAGUGAUUGUGAACCCGUCUGCUCCAGAUUUCUAGUCUCACUCACACAACUCACAGAACUCACACAACCAACGCUGUCUGCAUACCACUCAGAUAUCUCAGAUAUCUGCGUCUAAGUAGGUCAUAACCCAUCUUAAAACAAAGUGAGAUGGGACAUUUGAAGUAUUGAAAGUAUUGAAAUUCACUGUGUGAGCCGGACUGAACAGCGGGUUUCUCUAUAUGCAGGGAUUAGUGAAAGUGGAAAAGAAGGGGAAGGCAUAAUACCUCUGCUUGCCCACAGAAACACAAGCUUUCUUUCCAGGUCACAGUGCACGGAAACACUCUUAACACACACACUAAUACACACAAAAUAUAAGCACAGGCCGUAUACUGGAUACAUAUUGCAGAUUCCUGGGUGCACAGCAGGACUUGAUUAUUUUCCCUGUGAAGUGAUGGAUCUGAAUCACUUUCCAAUCUGUUUGACAGCUGCUGUUAAUGUGAAAUUUGUACGUGUACAAAACACUGUUUUAGCUACAUUCAGACUCAAAAUGUUAAGCAACUGGGACCAGAAGCUUAUUUAAUUAUAGAACUGGACACAACAUUGUCAACAAAAUAUUUGCAACUACUUUGGCUAUAUUGACAGAAACAGAUUGUAGCUACUUGUCUGAGUGACUUAUCUUUUCACAGGACCAUAGAACCUGACACCUCACUUUUACCAGAAUUCAAAGGGCUUCCUAUGCACCCUCAGUGGCCUUCACUGUUAC